UGUUCAGACUCAGCUGUCGGGUCUGGAUGUGGAGCUGUGGUGGUGGUUUCAGGCGUGGAGUUUUGAGCCGGUGGUGUUUCCUUUGUGUGGGCGAGGCUAAGUGACAGCUGCGGAGCUCUGAGACUCGGAUCUUCUGUGUGUUUUUAUUCACCCGAAGACAAAUUGAAGAUUUUAAAAGAAAAGUGGAAAAAGGGGAAAAAGAAGAAGAGUACAGACAGUUAAAUCCCUCAGCCAGAAGAAGACUUUUCUUCACUUGCGGCAGAGAAACCUGGAGGAAAACAAACCGGCAGCUGCAGGAUGUGACAGAACCAGAACACAAAACACUGUGUAAUACUGAAGGCCACAACGAGCUCUGAGCGGGAACACGUUUUAAGAGACUACAACGAGCAGCUGUUCUAGGAAAUUACCGAGCCCUUUCAAAGGCAAGAUUGACAGAAGAAGCUCGGCUGCAGACAAACAUGGCCCUGUUCUUCUCCGGGGCCGUUACAAGUUCACCAAUAAAACGAAGGCUGCGGGCCAAUCACUCCUGUCAGAGCCUCGACCUGUCUCUCCUCUCUCCUGAUUCCUCGUACGUCUGUUACUCGUCUGUGGAUGGCGGUGAUCCGUGCUCCUGCCGCCGCUCUCCGCGCCUCCUCACCAACGGAUACUACAGCGUCACCGAGGACAGCUUCACCUGGGAUGACUACGGCAACGUGUCGUUGACUCCCUGCAAAACCAACGUGUCAUACAAGGAGAACCUGGUCAGGAUUUUCCGGCGCAGACGGAGGCCCCGCAGUUCUCUGGCUAACUUGCUGAGUGACGUGACGGAGAGCUGCCAGUCGUGGCUGGAUGAGAAAGUCUUCAGAGGCGUAUUCAGAACAGGACAGAACCAAAACCAGAACUGGGAUCAAGACCAGGACCAGGACACGGUCCAGGACUGGGCUAGGAGCAGCCAGGAAAGCCUAGUCCCGUUCGACGAAUCAUCCUGGUCUGAAUUUAACAGCACCAAGCUGGACGACAGUCUCAGCUUCACUUAUGACCACACUGAGAUCCCGCCCCUUCCUGACAAAGUUGCCCCAUCCUCAAAGCUGCUCAUCCAGGAGGAGAUUUGUUCUGAGACCUGUCAAUCAAAGGAGCAGUUCACCCAGUCACUGGGCGGCCUCUCUGAAGUCCUGCCUCCGUCACCCUUCUACACCAACAGCUGCUGCUGUCAGGCCUCACCUAAGCCCGCAGGGUUAACAAUAAAGGCCCUUCUCCUUUUCAUCUUCACCAUCUUCAUCUUCACCGCUCUAUACUCUGGGUGUCUCUGGUGGAGCGCGAGUGUUACUUCGACCGUGUUCAUGAUGAUCACAACAUUUAUGUUCUUGAUGAAGUCAGGGCCGAUGGGCGAGUGGAGGAGGGCGAAGACGGAGGAUAUCACAUCAAGAAACGAGUAAAAGGAGUGCCAGGAGGCAGUUUUUUGAUGUUUUCCACGUGAACCUGGAGGAGUGACAGAAAAGGUCUGAUGGGACACAGUAGAAUAUUUUACAUUUCACUAACUGUUUGCAUGUAAGUUGCACUUAAAGGACUUUAGUUAUGCUGAGCUCCGGAAAACAUUUUACAGCAACACCUGAUUGAAGCACUUUUUGAAUGUAAAUCUUUAUCCAAAUAUGUUUUACGCUGUUAACUGUUUUUAAAUUAAAUUGAAACUGACAAAUCCAAAGCAGAAUGCCGGGGAAAUUAGCAUGGUGUUGCUUCCAGGUUGUUGACAGGACUUCCUCAAACACUUACUUGUGCUAAUGCAGCACUCGACUUACGACUGGGAGACGUUUGGAAACGUUCAUGUUUCUUCUGUGCUAAAUGUUGGAACUAUAAAAACCUUUCACCAACAUCAUGUCUGGAUUUUCCCGUAGUGUAAAAGUUGAAUCAGUGUGUUCCUGUUUAAAAAGCUGAAGGAGCUCAUCGACAUGGUGACAUGAGUUACAGUAGUUUAGCAGGUAUGAAGAUAAAAAGUAUCCAUAUCAAAUAUAAAACACCCAAAUGUACCUGAUGUAUUUUUGAAAAACCGUAAUUGUAUCUUUUAUUGUUAAUAUUUGAACUUGGCUUUUUUGGGCUGUCCAAAGUGACUAAACAUCAGACUUUACUUGUCUGGAGAACAAAUUCAGGUCCAACAGCAAAACAAGUGGCGAGCGUCGCUGUGAAGCCUCACUUCUAUUCCAAAUAAGAGCUGUGACUUUUUCUAAAUACACCGUUCUAGUUCAUCUAAAAUUGUAACCACAGAAAGAGAACUGCCAUUUUCUUUCCUGAGGACACGGAAUGAAGAGUUUUAUUCCAAAAUGAAAUAGCCACAAUUAAAUAAAGACACAAAGCAUAAAAUCUUUUUGAAGAAUCAUGUUGUCCUGCUACAUUAAAGCUGCACCAGCUCAGAUUUUAUUGUGAUCCGGCAAGUGUGGGGUUCCAACUUUGUGCAGCCGGAGAAAAGAAACUGCGGCCGCUGGACUAGGCACCUGCAGCUGCCUUGCUCCUGCGAGGUUUUAAUGUCAUGUGACAUGGUGAAGUUUUGCAGUGCCGGCGAAACACAAUUUCUAACCAGCAUGCCUUAUGUUAAGUCUUCAGCGCCGCAUGAAGCCACGCACCUAAUAUCACUUGAUUGAUAAGUUGAUGGAUGGGGCCAUGUUGCGUUCUGCAGAUACACGUUUCUAAGGCUUUACAUAUUCUUACCUCAUUCUGAUUGAUUUCAUACUGAUAGUUAAAACUAAUCAGACGUGGAGACGAAUCUAAAAUGAACUUUAUAAAUAAAGUCAGAGAACAAUAGUUCCCUUGUGCAACUUUAAGAGUAGCAGGUAAUACACCUCAUCAAUCUUCUGUAUUUGAAAUGUUACAUGAUAUUCAGGUUCCCAGUUGUUCUCUGCAGCUUUUUGUAGUAAAACUCUUAAGCUGUUAAGUGCCUUUAUAUCAGCCAGCAGUGCAGAAAUACUGAAUAAUACAGGGAUGUGUUUAAUUUAAUGCCUAAAAUGCUGCUGACACAUUUAACAGACCUGCUCCAGUGGGGAGUGUUUGAUUUAACCUGCAUGGUGUAGCAGGUGGGUGGAGUUUACUGCAUCAGGAAUAUUUUCAGAUCUAAAAAAUCUAUAUUUUCUAAUGUAUUUGGCUGUUCACACAUUUGAUGCCUGAACAAAUGACUGUGAGGAAAAGUACAAAGCAGAUUUACUUGUUUCAGUAACAACAAACUCCUCGUUUCAGCUCAACCUGCUGUUGCUGUGUUGUUCUGAUGGGUGUCAUUUCAAACUCUGGAGUGAGCCAAGAUUUGGAUCAAUCAGGAGCAAAACACUGCGUCAUAGCAGCUGAAUUCAUCCAAACUGAUUAGAACUUAGCACCUUCCUGCCAGUAAACGUGGGUCAGUGUCUGUUUUAAAGUCUAUGUGUGAACACAGCCGGUCCUGUUUUCUGUGGGACAAACUCCACCCAGCUGGCAUCACAACUCCUGUAUCAGUCAGGUCCUUCGCACAGUCUUACUUUGAAACAGGGAUUGUACUUUCUGAGGGAGCAAUAAUUCCAGAAAAUGGAAGAAACUCAACUAUGAACUGUGUUGAGCUUUAAAACCCUAACCGUGAGCAGGGAGGAAUAUUUUGGGAGAGAAUCUUUCCCUGAAGGUCAUAUACAAACAGUUUGUAUUGAUCGGUUACCUCUCUGUGACUCCUGUAGGAGGAAAAGAGAAAUACAUGUUUUCAUCAGGAAAAGAAGUGUGGCUGGAAGCCGGGAUGUAAAUGUUCAAUUCAAUUCAAUUCAAUUUUAUUUAUAUAGCGCCAAAUCACAACAACAGUUAUCUCACAGCGCUUUUCAUAAAAGAGCAGGUCUAGACCAUACUCUGUGAUGUUAUUUACAGAAGCCCAACAGUUCCCACAUCGAACACCAGUAAAUGUAAAGAAAACAAAGUACUGUAUGGCAUUAUAAGGUUUUGACUUUAUAAAGCUUUUCAAAUUCGAUCAUGUUUGGGCCUCAAACUACGCCAAGACUUUUAGCAAACCUGAAGAAGGGAGAGGUGAGAUGUGCUUUGUUUUCACUGACAGCACAAAUCAACUCUUUGAGUGAAAUUUAAAUGUUUUCAUGUGUGUUUUUGUGUAGUGGACUUUUGUCCAUGUUGACCAGAGGAGCAGAGAACCUUUUAUCUUUAGUUCUUCAUGUUCCAGAUUGUCUGAAUGGAUUAGGAUAAUAUAUAUAUAAAGCUUUCUUAUGUUCAAGUUGUUGUGAUAAUCAUACUGCAUCUAUGUCAUAGAGGAAUUACAGUAAUUAACAGUUUCUUGAAUCUUUUUCACUACCAUCCAUCUCACAUGUCAUAAAGGUGGCAUCAAAUCUGUUACAUGAAGGGUUAAUGUCCAGCCACACCAGAAAACUACUGGGUCUACUACUACUGUCUUUUACCUGUGAGUACACCAUGUCUCUGUUGUAGAAAAGUUUAUACUCAGACAGAGAAAGUUAAAUAAGCUUAUUAGCUGGUGACACGCAGCUAAUAAUCCUUCCCCAGCUCUGUCAAGACAGCUUUCUGUUAGUCAAUGGUGCAAAUUUGCAGGUCCAUCAAAGAUGAACCUGCUGCGGAAAAUAAGCUUGGAUUAACUAAAGUCCUGAAAGAGAAUCUGCUGAUUGUGGCUAUAUACAUUGAAAAUAAUUGAUUUCACUGUAAAAUUUUGCCUUUUAAAUGCUGGUGUGACUGGACCUUUAAAGGAAAAUCGGUGUGUUUUAUUCACUCAAAGUGCCAAAUUUGUAGAAAUCUGAUGAUUCAACAAUGAACACAAAUCCAUUUAUAUUGCUGAUAUUUGUAAUACAGCUCUGCAUGACUAAUUACUUUUGAUAUGAACAAUUUUCAAAUCACUCUGUGAAAUGUGACAGAUCAUGACCUCUGCAGCUCCAAGAAGCCUUUCAGCCUUUUCUAGCUCCUAGUUUUGGUUUUAUGGCUGAAAAUAUGAGCCAGCUAUUUCCCACAGGAGAUGGUGGAGACUAAACUAGAGCUAAAAGGAGAGUGAAUAUUGGACUUGGAUUAAUGAGGUGGUUACAAACAUCACUCCAAUGGUAUGAUAAUGUUGCUGGAUGAUGUGUUACAUGUCUAUUUUUCUGCCCCCUGGUGGCUAAAAAUGUUAACGCAGCAUUAAAUGAUAAAAGUUAGACAUGCAUCAAGUUUGGCAGUUAGUGAUUUUUUUUUCUUUUAUAUAAACUUUUAUGAGGUAAAACAUGGAAAACAUUUAAUAUAACAUUCUCUUGGAUGAAUCAAACCUUUAGCUUGUUUGUGUUGUAAUGCAGCUACUAUACAUGGUCUUGUACACAGGGUUUUUUUUCUUCCAUUGACUGCACUUGUUUCCAAAGGUGGAAAUGUGAUACUAUGUGACGGCACUUAUUAUAUUUGUUUUAUAAUAUGUUUUUAUUCAAUUGUACUGUUUUCAUGUUAUUAAAGUCUCUGAAAGUUUAUCCCCUGUUCUGAAAACUGUAAAAUUAAACCAGAAACGAUGCGCAAACUAGAUUUAAAUUUGAAAUUGACACCCAAAGAAGAUACAAAUAAUGUAUUAUUUUACAAGAUACAAAUAAUGUAUUAAUCACUGUGACAAAUUUGCUUCCAAAAUGACACAAAGUGUAAAUCACUGUGUUUCAUUCAGCUAAUUGUCUUAUAGAAACAGUAGUUUAGUGAUUUGGAUCAUGAGUAGUAGGCCCUUUCUGCCUGUUGAUGGCCCUGCUUUUUAAGAUUUAAUUUUUACAGUAUUUCGCAUGUUAUCAGAUUUACCAGUUUCAGUGAAAAUGUUUUCUCAAGUUAAAGUGAAUAUUUAUCAUCUAUUAAACCGGUUAUAAAGACAAA